AUCCUCUCUCUCUCUCUCUCUUUUUCUCUCUAGCUUCCUUCAUGGAGGGCCAUUAUGGCUGGGGAACCUCUGAAGAUGGAUGGAGAAAGGGACCGUGGACUCCUCAAGAAGACAACCUCCUUACUGAGCAUGUAAAGCUGCAUGGUGAAGGAAGAUGGAACUGUGUCUCCAGGCUAACAGGGCUGAUGAGAAGUGGAAAGAGCUGCAGGCUUAGGUGGGUUAACUACUUGAGGCCUGACCUCAAGAGAGGCAAGAUUACACCUCAUGAAGUGACCAUCAUUCUUGAGCUCCAUGCCAAGUGGGGAAAUAGAUGGUCGACGAUUGCUCGAAGCCUGCCAGGAAGGACUGAUAACGAGAUCAAGAAUUAUUGGAGGACUCACUUCAAAAAAGGAAGGUCAACGAAGAAUAUCGAGAAGGCUCGAGCCAAGUUCUUGAAACAACAACAUGAGCAAAAACAGCUACAACAGCAGCUGCUGCAGCAGCAACAACAACAACAACUACGAUUAGAAGUACCUCAGUUUGAAGAGAGAGCCGUAGCACAGGAGAUGCAGGAGAUGGCAUAUAUGUGCAACAUGCCAUAUGUGUUCCAUGGCGAAGAAAUUGUUGAUAAGAUGACGGUGAGUCGUUGUGAUGAUAGAUCGAGUGAUGAUGAGGCUUAUUUUGACAUGUGGGAGAAUCAACAAUGGAGUUUGGAUGACUUGGGUUUGGAUAUGGGUGAUCAAAUGCUUCCAUUUUACUAUUAGAGCUGGUUGUAAUUUGUGUUGAGAGAACUCAUGUGUCUGUUAAAAAAUAAUAUUAUUGAGUUUUUCUAUUAGUUGCAACUGAGGGAUUAAGUUAAAUUAUAUAUAUAUAACUUUUGUAAGAGUGAAUGUAA